AUCAGAUUUUUACUCUCUCACUCUAGGAGAAAACUCUCUCAAUCGAAAAUCUCCUCUCUCCCGAUCAUAGCUAUUUGUAACCUCAUUUCGGCUGAAGGAAACAUGAUCCUAUUGCUUACUCUCCUCAUCCCCCUUUAUCUGAGUCUCACUCCUACUCUCAGUUGGACUCAAACAAUUGGUGCCCAUCGUGGGGCUAGAGUAGAGAAGCAGUAGGACAGCAAGUCAUGAUGGCGGAACAAAGUAAUAAUACUCCCAACAAAGCAACGCCAAUCAAGGCAAUGACGAACCCCAGGUUGUUCGCGGAAGCUAGCAACCUCAACGCGGUAUCGAUUGAAGAAGAAGAGCCAAAGCUGACAGCCAAGGAGGUCCGCCAGAAAAUGACCAAACAAAACGAAGUCAUCGCGGAUAUGCAGGCAAAAAUGAAUCAAAUGAUCGCCCUGAUGAUGAACAAAGAAACCCCCGCGACAACGUUCGAGCCACCAGUGAUAACACCCCCACCGCCUACGGAUUUCCAGGCAACCAGGCAAGCGGCUCCACAAUCCCGCGAACAAGACCCGCCAACAAGAUCGAACCUGACGUUCUUAGAGCAACACCUUUCCCCACAGUAUCACGCUCCGCCUAAAAGGACUCUGCAUCAACCCUUAUGCGUUGAGAUUAUGGCGGAGCACUUAACCGGAAUCCCACCCGCCCUGCCCACAUACAAUGGAACAACAGACCCGGAAGAUCACGUUAGUAGCUUUUGUCUCCGCAUGCAGUUGCAAACAAACUCUAACACGACACUAUGCAGGACCUUCCCGUCCACGUUCGCAGGAAUAUGCCUAGAUUGGUACAACCGACUCCCCAAGGGAAUCAUCCGCACCUUAGAGGAAUUUAUACUACUAUUCACAACAAAGUUUGCAUCGCAAAAAAGAAGGUCGCUUCACCUCAAAGCUUUGAUCGACCUAAAACAGAAGGACGGGGAAAGCCUAUGGGCAUUCUACGCCAGAUGGUCGAGGACCGCGAUGGCGGUACGUGACCUAACUCCAAAAACUACUGUCCACCACCUCAUGGAAGCCACCACCAACGCGGAGCUCAAGCGCGUGCUGGCAAAGCGACCAGUCACACUAUCCUCGGAAUUGGAAGCAAAAAUUGAGAAAGCCAACACCUUAGAGGAAACCCUUGGAGCGGGAUCAGUCCGCCGCUACGAACCGACCAAGCCACCGACAGAGGAGCAAAGGCGGCGGGAGCCACAACAGUCGCUCCCGCAGUACCAUAGAAAAUAUGGCAAACCCCUAGCUCCACCAGAGCCGGCACAACGCAGAUGCUCCGCAGACAGGCGCCCGCCCAUCAGCUUCACCCUUCUUAACGACUCAGUAAAGAACAUAUUCCACCUCAUCAAGGAAAAGGGGUACCGACUCAGUAAAGAACAUAGAAAGCACUGCGACUUUCACCGGGAAUCAGGCCACAUGACUAAAGAUUGCUUCAACCUGUGCCUCAAAAUAGAAACGCUCAUCAGAAGAGGCUACCUAGCGGAAUGCGUUAAGGGAGCAGAGGAGCGGAAGGAACAGCAAGUUAUCCCACCACUGCCUCUCGAACCAGACUAUAACGAGGCAACGGGAUAUUACAUCGUUCUCAAAGAGAUAGGAGUCGUCGCAAUUGAGGGUGACAGACCAAAAAGGAAGACGAAGCGAGACUGCGCGGUGGAAUGCGCAACAACACGCACCACCACCAAGUGUGAUAUGAGCUUCACCGACUCGGAGCUCCCCCAAGGAAUCCCGUCAGAGGAUCCAUUGACCAUAACGACGCUAAUCGCCGUGUGCAAAACCCACCGCCUGCUCAUGGACAGAGGGAGCACUAUGGACGUCCUCUUCAAGUGCACGGUGGACCAAAUGGACAUAGAUCUGCGACUAAUCCAACUGGCACAAGGCAACUUAUUGGGAUUCUCCGGAACAAGGGCACGGUCAUUGGAGAAAUCACACUGCCAGUCAUAAUUGGAGACGACGAAUCGCGCCUUUCAAAGCAGGUCGAGUUUACUAUUGUAGACUGUGACUCACCACACAACGACAUGUUGGGCCGCCCAUUCCUUUCAAAAUUCAUGGCGCUACCAUCCACAUGCCAUCAAAAACUCAAAUUCCCCACCAAGGUAGGAACAGGAGAGUCGCGCGGCUCACCAUGGUCCGAAUGAAAACCACAAGCCCCGCGCUCCGUCGUGGCACCACGACAUACCAACAUCAUCGAUACCCGCGUUCACGACCCCUGCCCAGAGUCAAUGGAUUAUGACUUCGAGGUCGCGCUAAAUCUGAAAGAGCCAAACAAGAAGGUGCGUAUCUCAACUCAAGUCCCGGGUGACAUGAUUGAGUCAUUGGUGAAGCUGCUGCAAGAGUACCAAGAACUCUUCGCCUGGUACAUAGAAGACAUGCCUGGAGUGCCAAGGCAUGUUGCGCAACAUUGCCUUGUGGUUCCCAGUAACACGGAACCCCAACAGUAAGCACAACGCACCUUCACAGGUGAGAAGCUGAAGGCUAUAGAAGAGGAAGUGGCGCUCCUGCUCGCCGCCUGGCUCAUCGGGAAGUAAAAUACCCAAGAUGGUUGGCAAACCUAGUCCUGGUGAAAAAAGCUUCCGGGCAUAGAGAAUGUCCGUUGACUACAUCACCAUCAACAAAGUAUGCCCGGCAGACCCAUACCCUCUACCGCGCAUCGACCAACUGAUCGACGUGACUUCCAACCAUGAAACAUUAUCAUUCUUAGAUAUGUUUAUAGGAUAUCACCAGAUCCCAAUGAGCCGCGAAGAUGAGGAGAAAACCGCCUUCAUGAUACCAUUCGGCAACUUCUGUUUCACGGGAAUACCGUUGGGUCUGAAGAAUGCGGGUAAAACAUACCAGCAGAUGAUUGACACAGUCUUCGCACCCCAGAUGGGGCGCAACAUUGAGGCCUACAUGGAUGAACUCAUCGUCAAAACAAAGGGGGGGCUCACAUUUGGAUGACCUCCGCGUAACUUUCGAGGCGUUACGCUGAAACAGCCUCCGACUCAACCCGUUGAAAUGCGUCUUUGGCGCGGAAGCAGGAAAGUUCCUAGGAUUCAUGAUAACCAAACGUGGGAUCAAGGUCGACCCCAAACAAAUCACAGUAGUGCAACAACUACGCGCCCAGAAGCUCCACGGAAGUCCAAUCUUUGAACGGCAAGCUAGCCACGCCGGGACGAUUAAUCCCGAGAUCCGUAAACAAAUGCGCUCCAUUCUU